UUUAAAUAAACGUUUUAUCGUACUUAUAGUUACUAUAGUAGUUUUCAUGUACAUAAUUCACUACACUGGUAUUUUGAUGUUAAAAAUAGAUUUGGAUUUUCCCAAAAUGGGAUUAGUAUAGCUUUACUUGAUAAGUUUGAAUAAUAUAACGUCGGAAUAAAACAACGACAAAGCGAAAUAGAUAAACAAGCAACGGAACUGAGGUGAACAAUGGACAGUGGCGAAGAAAUGGAAAUAGAUGCUUUAGAAACUGAGACGCCUGGGGCACCGGAAGUUCCAACAGCGGCAACAGCAAAAGCUACUGCAAAGUUACCAGCAGGUUUCGGUUUCACAAAAGAGACCGCCCACGUAAGACUAUCCACCGAGCGUGAUUUAUGCAGUGAACAGGUGCAUACAAAGAGCCAAGAAAACACUUUGUCCUUUAUGCAUGGACAAUGCAAACAAGGGAGAGAUUGUGCUUCGCCGAAACAUGCGCUUGAUAAUUCUCCGACUGGUAACUUGUCAAAGUGUCCUGUUGUCAAAGAUCAGAAAGAAACAGUAGAGAUCGAUACUAUUUUGACAAGACAUCUUCAGGAGAAAGUGCUGCGGGCACCUCCAAUGGUCGUACCUGUAGAUUAUGUUGACAUGAGUCCAAAGAAUCUUCCAACUGAUGCGAAAAUGACCUGCCUGUGUUUAAUACCUAUAGGAAAACGGACGCCUGAUGCGCGAUCCGAUAUAUACAUCCCUCACACGGGAGCUGAUAAGCCAAUGGGCGAUGAAUUUGGGGCAAGAUUAAUCACUUUUAGGGACAACAGAAAAGAUGGGUCGCCGUAUUAUAGGCAUUUCUUGGAACGGAUUGUUCAAAAUGGCCCUGCCGAUCAAAUGCGAAUUGAUGAUCGGGAUGAGCUUGUUUUGGUAAACGAAAAGUUUGCACCGCAGUUUACACAUGAUGCAGUUUGUGAUAUGUUUAGGCGCGUAAAAGUUGAUGGAAAGACAAGAUUUACGUUGGUUAUACGGAGAAUACAAGAAAACCGGAAGCGGAAGUGGGAGUGGAUCGAGACAAGUGCUAUUCUUGCACCGGAUAAAACAAUUGAAGAACACCCUACGAUAGAAAAUCUUAAGUUCAAAGAGUUGGAAAGCGACGAAAUUGAAUUUCCAAUAAGUCAGCACUUGUAUAAGGUUCCACAGACCCAGCAGUAUCUUGACGUGUGUGAUGGAAGUGUGAAACUUGGUGUGAUGAAAGGGAACAAAAGCGAUAGAUCAAAGGUGAUUUGGAAGAAAGCAAAAUACUGGCAAGACAACAACGAUGACAUACACAUCAACUUUGCUGCGGCCCUCGUUGAUUACACAAAGAAAUGGUACAUUGCAAUUGACGGAGGCAAAAUCGUUUUAAAAAAAGAACCGUAUUGGUUUAAAAUGAUAACAAUAGGCGGUAAAAUCCGUUUCCAGGCCGACGACGUAUAUCUUGGUUACGACACUACUAGAUGCGAAGUCAAACCAGAGGUAUCCCAGUGUACGUUUGAAGAACUUCCCGCAAAUGAUGUAGAUAACGAAAUAAAUGCCGAUGAACACUUUGAAAUUUUACCAGAAAAUGCUGACACUAUUUCUGAAGAAAUGUCACGGCAUAGUAGCAUGUCAUCGUUGUCGUCGGGUAGCAGUCGAUCAAAGAAAAGCUUCGCAUCGUCAGUAUCGAGUUCAAAGUCGGUCAGAAGCAGUACAUCAUCGCAGUCUAGUGUAGACUCUGACCGAAGCAGUAUUUUGUCCUCGCAGUCGAGCACCGACUCCGGUGGAAUAACUCAUGAAUUUAACCGCAGCUCUAGUGAUGUCUCUGGCCAUUGUUGCGAACCAUCGUCCCUGUCACAUUCAUUUUCGUCUGAAUCCAGUGGGUAUCGGUCCGGGUAUAAGUCCGAUCAACAUGUUAAUACUGAAGACAUUGACAUUGUAAAACCAACUGAUAUAUCUGUAAAGCGUAAAACCGAAAUGACUGGAGAAUGUAUAUUAACUGAUAGUUUGAAAGACGUGGUAAUUUGACAAUCCUGUUGCACCAGAGGGUGUAUAGGAAACAGCGAAUGACGUGGAAAGUGUAUCAGCUAUGAAUAACACUUUGCUUGCCAGAAAUAGAUAGAUAUUUUUUAUUUAAAUACUUUGAUAUUUAUUUAUAAAAUUGUUUGUGUAUAAUUAUUGCUUUUAUAUGAAAAGUUGAAAUAAACGAAAUCAAACAUGCGCUGUCUCGCAAUUAAGGCAACUGUCAUUGACUUUUACAAACACAAUAACACUAAAGAAAAAAGUGUGCUUUUAUUGCAAACUUACCUGGUAAAGGAGGCAAAUUUGCUUCAUCUGUUUUUAAUUCUGUUUGCCCGUGUGACGUCAUUAGUCAUUAUUUUGCUUAC